GCCGCGGCGGCGGAACGGGCGGAGGCUGUCGGUUUCGUAACCGUUGCUCCUCCUCGCUGACUCGCGGGCUGCGAGGCCUGGGUCUGGUAAGGCCGCGCGGGGCCGUUCGGAGUGGAGGCCGCCUACGGGCGGGCAGGCUGGAGGCGCAGGUACAUGUGAAGAUUUCUUGGCAGUUGAAAGUGGAAACCAUUGAUUAUCCUGCCCUCAUUUUCACCUGUGUUGGCAAGGGAGCCUGCCCAAAUGAGCAAGAUAUUGCAGCAAAACAGUACUCCAGGAGUGAAUGGAAUAAGUGUUAUUCAUACCCAGGCACAUGCCAGCGGCUUACAGCAGGUUCCUCAGCUGGUGCCCGCUGGCUCUGGAGGAGGAGGCAAAGCUGUCCCUCCAAGCAAGCAAAGCAAAAAGAGCUCGCCCAUGGAUCGAAACAGUGACGAGUAUCGUCAGCGCAGAGAGAGGAACAACAUGGCUGUGAAAAAGAGCCGAUUGAAAAGCAAGCAGAAAGCACAGGAUACGCUGCAGAGAGUGAAUCAGCUCAAAGAAGAGAACGAACGGUUGGAAGCAAAAAUUAAAUUGCUGACUAAGGAAUUAAGUGUACUUAAAGAUUUGUUUCUUGAGCAUGCACACAACCUUGCAGACAACGUGCAACCCGUUAGCACUGAAAAUACAACAAGUUCUGAUAAUGCAGGACAGUAGACCUUAACCCUUCCAAACUUCACAACUUAUGGCUUGAACGUUAAAGGUGUGACCUCCACUACUCAAAUCAAUGGCUAAAUGUUGUCUUGUUCCAUUAUUCAAAGAUCACUGAAGUUUGUUUUCUAGGAUUAGCACUGAAGAGUUGAUUAGCUAAAAAUGUUAGCCAUGUAAUUUGAGUAUCUGGUUUUAAAUUAAAUGGAUUUUUGUGGGGAGCAAAAACCAAAAAUUUUUAUGGUAUAUGGUAAAAAA